UCUAGAAUCUACAGAUGAUACCAGAAUACCAGAUGAUCGCAAAUAUCGUCAGUAAUAUUCAGUGAUAUUUUACGUGACGCAGUUGUUAAUUGCAUAUAUGUAAAGAAUAAAUAUUAACAGUUAUUGAAUCAUACUGAAGGGGUUAUUUUAUGAUAUUGGGCUUGCCCGUUGGGCAUUAUCAGCCCAAGAACAAUCAGGCAUGUCAAUUCGCAUAAUUGCACAGCGUAUUGCUCAAAAUGGUCGUUAUAUUUUUAAUGCUCUACGUAAUAACGAGUCAAACUGUACAAAAAACAAUACAAGACCCCAACUUGUCAAAAUACACGUUGGGCAAGUAGAUAAAUCCCUGGGCCCAUUGCCUCAGGGUAAUGUCACCAACAAUGUCACUAAAUCUGUCACCAAUAGUGUCAGUAGUGGUACAACACAUCUUGGAUAUUUUGGUGCUCAAGCAAGAAGAUUAUUUGUUGAUAGUAUUUUAAAACGUGUUACAAAUAGUCUUGCUUCUGAUUUACGAAGAAAAGCAUGUCGUCGAUUAAUGGGUGGUGAUUCAGCACCAUUUUUUGCACUUGUUGGUGUAUCAUUAGCAUCUGGUACUGGAAUAUUAACAAAAGAUGAUGAACUUGAAGGUGUUUGUUGGGAAAUUAGAGAAGCUGUAUCAAAAAUGCAAUGGACAAAACCAUCAAAUGAUCGUAAUUAUGAAAAUUCAAUAAAUACUUUAUCAACAAGUUUAAAAAAUUUUAUAAUUGGUCCACUAAUAUCAAAAGGAUGUUCAGCUGUUGUAUAUGCAUCACGUCUUAAAGAACAAUCACAGCUAAUAUCAUCACCAGAUGUACCAAUAAUUGAAACAGAUAAUGAAGAGCUAUCGAAAUUUCCAUAUGCAUUAAAAAUGAUGUUUAAUUAUGAUGCUGAAUCAAAUGCAUUGACAAUACUAAAAGCAAUGUAUCGUGAAACAGUACCAGCACGUAAUUAUCAUCAAGCUGAUGAAAUUGCUGAUUGGGAAAAAAGAAUGGCUAAUAAUAAACGUGUAUUACCACCUCAUUCAAAUAUUGUUGAUAUGUAUUUUGUAUUUGCUGAUCGUGUUCCAAUGCUACCGGGCUCAACAAAAAUUUAUCCAGAUGCAUUACCAUCACGACUUAAUCCAGAAGGAUCAGGAAGAAAUAUGAGUCUUUUUUUAUUAAUGAAAAGAUAUGAUUUGACUCUUAAAGAAUAUUUAAAUAAUCAUACAAUAAAUAUACGUGAAUCAAUAUUAUUAUUUGCACAGCUAUUAGAAGGUAUUGCUCAUAUGAAUACUAAUGGUAUUGCACAUAGAGAUUUAAAAACAGAUAAUAUACUUCUUGAUACAACUGAUGAUACUGAUAAUUGUCCAUCAUUAUCAAUAACUGAUUUUGGAUGUUGUUUAGCUGAUAAAAAUCAUGGUCUUUAUUUACCAUAUAAUUCUCAUGAUGUUGAUAAAGGUGGUAAUGCAGCAUUAAUGGCACCAGAAGUAUUUAAUGCUGAACCUGGUCCAUUUACUAAAAUUAAUUAUACUAAAGCUGAUCUUUGGACUGCUGGAACAAUUGCAUAUGAAUUAUUUGGAAUGAAAAAUCCAUUUUAUGGAAAUUUUAAAGAUAAACCAUUGUUGCAUAAUCAUAAUUAUUGUGAUGCUGAUUUACCAGAUCUUCCUGAUGGUGUACCAUCAAUUAUUUCUGCUCUUGUUAAAAAUAUACUUUCUAAAAGUCUUUACAAGCGAUUGAGUGUUGAAUUGGCAUCAACAAUUAUGCAUCUACAUCUGUGGGCUCCAAGUUCUUGGUUCAAUAAGCAAAAUAAAUUACCAUCAAGUGAUGAAAUUCUUCAAUGGCUUUUGUGUCUUACAACAAAAGUACUUUGUGAAGGUCGACAAAUAAUGAUAUUUAAUGAUAAAAAGACAAAAUCAAGCAAUGACAAUAUAUCAGGACCACCAAUGUUUCAAAGAACAAUAUCAUCAUCAGUUUGUGGUCGACGAACAAUGCCUGAAUAUCAAUUAAUUGCAAACUUUUUAACUCGUGUUAGUCUUGCAAAUGUACACGAAGGCUUAAAAUGGAUUAAAAAAAAUACAUCAAUUAAUUGAAAAAAAAAAAGAAAAAGUUAAUUGAUUAGUUUUAUUAAUUUUUUUCUUUCAAGUAGGCUUUACUAAAUUUAAUAAUAAUAAGGAAUGUUUAUUGAUCAAUUCGAAAUAUAUUUUCAAUUAGUUUAUUAUUUUCAAAUUUAUUUUUUCGAAAUACAAUUUUAAUGUCAACAUAAUUAUAUUCUUGGCAUAUUGACGAUUCAAUUUAUUUAUUAACAAAUCAAAUUACUUGAUAAUUUAUUAAUCAUUUUGGUGAAAGGAAAUCAUUAUGAUAAUACCUGAAAAUUAAAAGAAAAAAAAUUUAUGAAAUAUUGAUAAUGUUGCUGCUUAAUGUAUAUAUAAAUAAUAAAUAUUAAAAAAAUAAAAAUAAUAAAGCUUGUAUAUAGACAUGAAAAAAAGAAAAUAUAUUUAUUAACUUUUAUUUUUUUGGUCCAAUAUUUUCAUUGCUCGUUGGUUUAACACAUGUUUGUAAUUUAAAUUUAACCUCAUCUAAAUCAAGUUUUUUAAUAUCAGUUAAAUCAUCAAGAAAUAUUAAAAAUUCAUCAUAAUCAAUAGCACUUUUUUGAAAUUGAAAAAAACAUAAAAAUGCAUCGGUUGUUGUAACACGUGACAUAUCAAUAACUUUUGCUGAUAAAAACCAUUUAUUUAAUUGUGAAAAUGCAAGUAGAUAAAUAUCAAUAAUAUCAGCAAUUGGAUGAGCUUGACAAAAAGCUAUUGAGAAAAUAAUAAUUACACAUGAUUAUAUAUAGAAAAAAUAUAUUCACAAAUCAAAUAAAUGUCUUGAUUUUUUUUUUAUAUUAAAUUAAUUUAUUAUUAAAAACCUUCAAACAUUGUUCUCAAGGGCACAAUACGAAUACGUUUUUCUCUUUCUGA